CUUCACUGGUACUGCUUCGGAGUUCGACUCAUAGCCAGUACUUGAGAUACUCCCUGUACGUGUACCGAGCGAAUAUUUGCAAGCACACGGUCGGUGGUCAGAUUGCUAGGACCUUGACAACUUACUAGUCGGAAAUACAUCGACGCCCACCUGAGCGCUACAAAUCACCAGUGGGCGCGUCUGCGCGCUACCUGAGCGCAUCCGUGAUCUCGACCUCCUUCUCCUCAUCCUCCUCACCGGAGGGCCGUGCGCGAUGGUCACCGCUGGCCCGUCCACACCUCAGCGACGAGGCGUGUGGGAACCUCUUCCGCUCAUUAUCUAUGGCUAUGCAGUGCACCCGUUGUCGCCAAACCGCCGCGACACCAAGCUCUCGAGCAGGACCCGGGCAUCGACAUUCACCAGCACAACAGACGCUUCCGGAGACGAACAUCUAGUUCACAGAGAUGUGGUCUCGCUGGAGGUUGGAGAUAACGUCUACGCGUUCGAGAAGUACACUCCGAGGGAUAAGGAGGCGGAAGGCGUAUGGUACCGAGGGUACGUUGUGUGCACAUCGCGACGCCCUCAAGUCGACUGGACACUGGUGUCCGACCCGUCUUGUUCAGCCCAGAAGGCGGCUGCGAAGGCGGAUGAAUCGCAGCAAGUCUUCAUAGGCGUCUUCCCCGCAUCACACAUCUUCAUUCGCGAUGAGCUUUCGGACGCAGAAGGGCGACUGGCAGAGCUAGCGACUACUCUUCGUGUACAAACCAAUGGGCACCAGUCCGACGCAUAUCCGCACGCGAACUGGCUCAGGGAGACAAGGGAGAAGGCCAUGACAGGCUACCAGACUCCUCGAGAGGACGACGCACUCUCGCUCAAGGAUGGCAUCUCACGGAAGUCUUUCAAACUAGUCCCGCCGCCUGAUCAGGCAAACUCUGCUCGGGCACGUCUACCUGUCUAUCCACCCAGCCUGCGGUCGGCAUCUCCUACCCCGACCGAGUCGCAGGUCAUGAAACCUCUUCCCCCUCGACCUUCACUCAAAUCCGGGGACGACACGGCGUCGGGAGCAGACCAACCGAUCAUUGACGAGAUUGCGUCCGCACUACGAGAGUGGUACACGCUCAUGUUUCAAUACCUUGCGCGACGGGACUACAAGCUAUUCAUGAUCGUCCGCGAACACCUCGAGGCGCUACAUCUCGGCCGCCGACAACUCCUCGCACAAACGCUCAGCUCCGAGGAAAUCGUUAGCCUACGGCGGGAGUGCGUUGCCAGACUGGUGAGCGGAAACCUGGUGCAGGGCCUGGAUGUCAUCGUGCGGCACCCGGCAGGAGGCGGACUCGCGACGGUGGACGUGGAGGGCGAGAUUGACCCGCGCAGCUGGAUGAGCGCGUUGCGAAUGUACGCCAUGCAGGUCUCACUCGCUUACAUGGACGUGGCACCGCCCACGCACCCGUACAAGUCGAGGCACAUGGGCAGAUCCUUGGAUUACUCCGCAUCGGCCUCCACCCAAGCACACUCCGUGUUCCCAGACCAAAUUCGGAGACAGCACCCGCGCAUUGUCGGUGCCCUCGGUUCGACCUCCUCACCCCAGCCAGCCAAGGCGAAGUUCUACCACAUCUUCCUUGAUCUCCGUGCAUUCGUCGCGUCGCCGUGUGCCCCAGGCGAAACUGUCGAGCUGUUCUUCCUUCUGUAUAACAAGCAUGAAGCUCGCUUCGUGUCCGAAGAAUUCUGCGUGGUGCUGAAUCAAAAUGGCGUCCUGGCACGGGAUCCUUCCGCUCGCAUUCGUACGCUGUUCACGGACCUGGUUCAGUCUGACGCACAGGACCCGAUCUACCUUGUGUGCAAGAUCGUCCGCAAUGGUUCGUUGAGGAUGGGUAGUAGCAUGGGAGCUAUCCGCGAGGCUGGUGGGCGAAGGACAUCGGAGACGUCGUUACGAGACAGUGUCAUGCCCAACGGCUAUGGAGAUUCAGGCAGUUCGCUGAACGAGCUGCCGACGCACUUCAGGCGACCAUUCGGGUGUGCUGUCCUUGAGCUCACGCAGCUGAACGUGAUGGCAGCGGAGCAAACCGAGGUCUCCGCUACGCGGGAACACACCAUGCCUAUAUAUGUGCCGAGAAGCGAGGCCACUUUCUCAAUGCUUCACCAGGACAUCUUGGAUGGCAAGAGCAAAGAGUAUGAAAAGUCGCCGAGAGCGGAAAUGAUGGUGGUCUCGAUCAAGGUAUUCUACGGAGACGCCCAAACGAUCGUGCGGGAGAACACCUCCCUCUUGCAGGAUAUCCCUCUCAGCUUGCGACUCGGCUUCCCUGAUGUCGUGUUCCCCGGGGAUGUCAGGAACGAACUCUAUGUCAAGCUCUGGAGCGGAGACUUCUCGUCGCAGACGUUGAACCCUCGCCGUAGCAUCACCAACUUCGCUCGAGGACAAGUGAACCCUGUGAGCGGAAACGUCCAGGUAUCAAUCGAGGUGAAGGAUCAUCACGGAAGGACCAUCGAAAAAGUCAUCUCGCAAUGCAGCGGCGAGCCCGAGAUGACGCAGUUCAAGUCGAUGGUUUUCCUGCGCACUAGCCAGCCGACGUUCGGUGAGAUGAUCAAGGUGAAGCUGCCUUUCGAGGGCGCGCAGCAGUGGCACCUAUUCUUCACGUUCCGACAUCGUAGCUCGCGAGAACGUCCCACAGGGAGAGGAUCCGAUGCGCCGGAACGUCCGUUUGCGUUCGCGUUCCUGCCGCUCUUCCCCGAUGGCCGUGCGUUCUUGGAGGACGGUGCACAUACGCUGGUUCUCUAUAACGCCGACAGGCUGACCCAGGUCAACGCGGAUAUGUACUUGGCCGCUACGCCUUGGCUACCAGGAAGCCAGAGGUCGGAACAGGUUCUAGUUCCAGUCGAGAUGCAGAAGAUUGCCCCGCCUCUCAAGGACAGUCUCAUCGUCCGUUCGUCCCUCUGCUCGACGAAAUUCACACAGAACUCGGUCUUACUCAGCCUCUUGAACUGGGAGCAAUUGCCGGACAAGGAGGUGCUUUGCACGGUAUUGAGCAAGUUCACGUUCGUGGGUGAGGUCGAGAUCGUCAAGUUCCUUCGAGACAUCUUCGACUCCCUCUUUGCGAUUCUGUCCUCCUCAUACAACCAGACGGGCGACAUGGACCACCUUGUCUUCAAUGCCUUGGUGACCGUUUUGGGUAUCGUCCAGGAUCGCCGGUUCAGCAACUUCCAACCUGUGCUGGACGUCUACAUCGAGAAGCAUUUCGGCUCGACCACCGCCUCUUCGCACAUCAUCCAUUCCAUGAAUCGGCUCCUCCAAAACCCCACCGCGAACGAAACAGCGUCGGGUUUGCGUUCGGCGCUCAAGGUCUGGCACUACAUCGUCAAGUUCAUUGUGCGUUCGAGAGAGCUCCAGAAGGCGAAGGAGAUCGGUCUCGAUGGUGGCGUCAUCGGCGAGCACCUUGAGACGACCUUUGCGCGAGAAGUACGAUCGCACCUGUCGGAGGUCAACCGCAUGAUGUCCACUACGACGCCGGCCUCCAUCAUCGGCACGCAAACCAUCGCCCUUCAGCAUUUCUCGUCGAUUCUUCCAGAGCUGAGCAAGGUCUACAACACCGUAGAGCUCGUGACUAUCGUGACGCAGUUUGCCAAUGCGGUCGUUACAAACAAAGGCAAGAUCGGCAUCUGGAAGUUGAUCAUGUACCUUCAGGUCGUCAAGAGCUUCCUGUUCGACAACCCUCAAUCUCGCGCUCUGCUUGUGGAGAACAUCGUCUUCUGGUUGAAGCCUCACUUUGGUCGCUACGACGACUAUGUCCAGACGCAGCCAGGUGACUCCGAGAACGCGCGUGAGCAAGCUCGCGUUCAGUGGUUGGAAUGUACAAGGCUCUCUGUGACGGUUAUUGCUGUCAUGCUUGACAAGUGUCUUCAACAACUCGUCAACCCUGCAGUUGUCUCCGAUCGUCAUCUUCUGAAGCAAGAACAAGACAACAUUGAGUACAAUUUGCUCACACUGAUACCUAGGUUGUUGGACUCGUAUAUCGAGUACCAGAAUCCGUUGUCUCACAGGGCUCUUGAACGCGGUCGAUCGACUCUGCCGACCUCAUCCUUGUAUCCUGUCACAUUCCCUGAGUCCUACCCAUUUGCAAUGCUUGGACAGCUUCCGAAGAGUCCUACAGCAGUAUCUGGGUCGUUUGACAACCGUCCAGACUUCAUUCCCGGUCUUGGUGAAGCGGCGAUCGUACUCUUGGUUUUAGUCCUUGCUGCACCCAAGAGGCAUCUUCUCGGCUUCCUGGAGUCUAUGCUAGAGAUCGAAGGACCCGACAACUUCUCGGCAUUCCUUUCGAAGUGCUUCAAAGUCGCGGUGUCCAUCAUCAACAACGAUGCCUUUCCCAAGAACUGGUUGAACGUCAAUGUACUCGCCCACAAAGUGCUCAUCAAACUCAUGGAUCCGAUUGCGACUCUGCUUGAACGCGACUUCGUUCCACAAGGGCAGCCAGGUCGCGAGUUCAAUCCGACGUUGUGGAGGGAGGCCUUCCACGUAUUGCUGAAGAUACUCUCAUCGGAACACCUAGUCAUAGAGGAGUUCAUACCGCAGAAACGUCGUGCGGUCUGGCGCCUCGCGGGAGAUAUUCGAGGCGAAGGUGCAGCCUUGCUUCUCCGGCUGUGGGAAGCUCUUGGCUGGUCUGAAGAGGAGAUGUUGAACAGCACAGCGGACAAGCCUUUCAUGAACUAUCAGGCUGCCUUGAGUCCUCUCGUGGGCCAAGUCGUCAACCUUUGCCUAAGUCAUCACGACAUGCUUCGCAACAACGCGGUUCAUAUCCUAUACUGCAUGAUCAUCUCUGAGUAUUACGUUUCUGGGAACUUCGAUCACAUCGAGCACGAGCUGGUCAGCAAGCUAGACACGCUCUUCAUGUCAGACAGCAAAGGCGACGACAUCUCUCGAGCGUUCUUUAUCUCCUUCAUCAGGAACCUUUUCGAUAGCUCGGACGUUGACGAACAACUGCGGGCGCGCGUUACCAACUUCCUCAGCGAAGUCGAUAUGUUCCUGGAGUUGCUGCUGAGCGUGCGGGCGCUCCCGGAAGGUGAAGAAUUUGCCGACGAUCGGGUCAUUGCCACGCUUCGCCUUAUGAAUUUCAUCCGGCGGAUCGGACGGGACGAGAUCUACAUUAAAUAUGUCCACCAGCUCGUUAACAUGCACCUUCAAGCUCAAAACUACGUGGAGGCUGCUCUGACGCUGAAGCUGCAUGCCGACCUACACGACUGGGAUCUGAACUCAUUCGCUCCUCCGAUGGAAGAACUGGGAUUGCCGCAACAGUCGCAUUUUCACCGCAAGGAGACGCUCUGUCUUCUCAUCCUAGACUACCUCGGCAAAGGCAAGGCGUGGGAGAGUGCCAUAGAGAUCUGCCAGGAGCUCGCGGUACAGCACGCUGAGGUCACAUUCAAUUACGCCCGCCUGGCCGAGAUCCUGCGACACAAAGCUGCGCUCCUCGAGCACAUCAUCACAGACCAGCGCUACUAUUCAGACUACUUCAGAGUGUCCUUCUACGGCCACUUCCCUGCUGCUAUUCGCAACAAGCAGUUCGUCUACCGUGGAUACGAGUGGGAGAAAUUCGGAGCGUUCUGUGAGCGCAUGUUGAACAAACAUCCUGGCGUGCAGCUCCUCAAAACGACUGGCGACCCCCCUGUCGACAUUCGCUUCGGCAGCCAACAAUACAUCCAGUGUACAGCUGUCAGACCUGAACCCGACCGUGAAGCAGCUAUAUUCACAAAUCCAGACGUGUCACCGCAGAUACGCGCAUACUAUGAGCAUAGUGCGAUUAGGGUGUUCAGCUACGAACGCCCGGUACCAAAGGUCACGGCUGAUGGUGCCGAUGAGGUCUGGAUAGAGAGGACGUACCUCACUACAGAAGAGAUGUUUCCUACGGUUCUCCGUCGGUCUGAAGUCGUCGACGCGCAGGUGGUCGAGAUCUCGCCUGUACAGACGGCGCUGAAUGAAGUCGAGCAAGGCACACGGGAACUCGCGGGAUUGAACCAACGGUUCUCGGCUCUGGCGAAGACCUCGCAGUCCGUUCCAACCAACGCACUCGCUAUGGCCCUCAAUACCGCGGUAGAUGCGCCCGUCACGACUGGUAUUGGAGCAUAUCGGCAAGCCUAUCUCACUGGGGAGUAUCUCGCUCGAUAUCCCGAGCGAGCUGAGGAAGUGCAGAAGCUGCGUGACGCGAUUGAUGAGCAGGUCCGGAUGGUGGAUAGUUGCCUACGACUCCAUGGCGAGCUAUGUCCGCCCGAGAUGAUAUCAUUCCAUAAUACUCUCGACAAAUUCUUCCGUAAAAACUUUGCAGAAGAGAUCCAACGGCUGGGUCUCGACCUACAAUCGUCGUCACGUCCGCUCGAGUCGUCGCUGGUGUCCCCGCGCAGCGGCACACGUCCUUUACCGAACCCUCUGGACCAGACGCGACCACAACUGGGCCUGAUGCCGGUGCAAGUAGGCCCAGCGUACAACUCUCCUGCUCUCUCGCCCUUGUCUUCACGGUCGGUUAACGACAACGCCUCAGUGGAACUACUACCCCACAACAAGCAGACCCCUCUGCAGAGGCACCUGGCCCACCUGGCCCGACACGGGUUCAACGGAGUCUCCUCUGGCCCAGGCGACGCCGGGGGGGACAACAUGUCCGAGGAGAGUCCUCGCGAUUCAUUCAUUGCCACUGGUGGCAUUCCUAUCACCAACCUUUCCGGGGCGGCGUCCGUCUCAAUGUCCACAAUGGGCGGCAGUAUUGGGUCGAUCCGCGGUCGAUUGUCAAAAUUCUCUAGCCUCAACUUCGCGCGGAGGGACAUGUGAUACCAGACGACUAACAUUGUAGUGGGUUUGCGUUGAUUUAUUUCGUGCGAUAUUUGAUCAUUUUUCCUGUCAUUUAUACCUUUGCUUUCGACCUGCUUGGUUUCGCUCCGAUGGAUCCUUGUAUAGUAUUCGUACUCAAUGUGUCGUGUAGUGUACCGAGGGCUUGUUUCUCAGCCAGCGUAAUCCAAAGUAUGAAUCUC